AUGGAGGACAUGAGCCCGGCCAAGAAACGGAAACUGGACACGCAAGGGGACGGAGAUGAUGAUGAGGGGGGGAUACAAAACGACACGAGGAGACUUGCGUGCCCGUUCUUCAAACGAAAGCCAACGAAUACCCGACCAUCUUGCGUCUACCCUGGAUUCAAGAAUAUAGCCAGACUCAAGGAGCAUCUCUAUCGUCAGCACAUGUUACCUCCGAAUUUGUGUGCGCGGUGCCAAGAGACGUUCGAGUCAGAAGCACAACUCCGGGACCACACACGCAUUCUCGUGCCGUGCCCACUCAGCCCAGACAAACAUGGCGAAGGCAUCACGCUGGAGCAGGAGAAAGCCCUCAAAAGCAAGAAGCGGACGACCAAGUCCGGCAUCAACACGGACGAAGAGAAAUGGAAGGAUGUAUACACAAUCUUGUUUCCAAACGAAACUCCACCUUCUGCCUUCUCAGGUAGCCCGCGAUACGAACAGAGCCUGAAACAAGAGCUACCUGAUCUCGUCAAGGCCGAAAUAGAGGAGGUUGAAGACCUCGCGAAUCACGGCAGAUUGAUUCACGAUAUAGUUUGGAAUUGUCUCGAGACAAUCUUCUCGAGAUGGCACCAGAAUACCGAUGAGGUGCAUCCUGUUGUGACACCUACCACCAUUGAGACAUCGCCAUCUGUUGAAGAGGAGCCAGCUGAUGGUGCAGACGACGCGCCUACAACACCGAAGGCGGUCGAUGCUCCUGCGCUUGGCCCAGCCUCACCGCAGUCUGCUAUGUUCACGGUCGAGAGAAGCGGGGUUGGUACCGUUGGCAGCACCGCGUCUCAGCCGGGCGCACGAGCAACAGAAGAUGCCGGUCAUUCAUGA